AGACGUUCAGUUAGUACGGACCUCAACGGGUUGCUGGAGCGAUGACGCUUCAGUCCUUACGGUUAUAUUAGCUCCGGUAUAUUUCCUCCCCGCUUUACUUUAACAUUUCCCCUCGAUAUAAUAUUCAGUUUCUCUAUAGUGAAGUAUGAGCUAGCCCCUUCUUCUGAGCGCAGAUAUUAAAAACCGCGUCUCUCUCUCCCCCCCAUUUUAUUUUCGCUCCCGCAUGCCGCUGCCCCCGCUGUCUUUUACUGCAUAUAGCUAGAUGUAUUUUGUGUCCCUUGUUUCCUCCAGUAACCCAUGUCUCUGUGCAUCCCGCCUCCCUGCGUUCUCAAUAGAUGGUGCAAGUCAAAAUGUCCAAAUCGCCCGUAGACCCACUGUCUGCUGUGGAAACAGGCUCUCAGUCGCACUAUUUCCAGGUAAAAACCACGCACCUUUAUUUAUCCCUGUGUUAGCUGUUGUCUACCAGUAAAUGUACCAGCUAAUGUCUACUUGCUGCUGCUGCUACUUGUUGUUGAAAUUGAGGCGUCGCGUUUUGACAUCCAGCUACUUUCCUCCUUUUCCUGUUUCCUGCAGAUUGAUGCUUGAUUUCUGUAAAUCCACUCAGCUAUCUUAUCUGCUUCUCACAGGUUUCUUUACGUGUUUGUGUUUAUGAUAUUUUAGUCUGAUAUUUAACACACACAAUUUAUUGCUUUUUAAAGCUGUAGGUAACAUAACUGGGCCUUUGUGUUGGAUUUAAAGGUUUCAAGAAAGAGUAGACAGACCAUGACUCUGACUCACCUGUAGCCUGAAUCUACUGGGCCUGUCAGCACAAAUACAUACAAGCAAUCACUGCAACAUCCAAUAUUUACAUUAUAAGGAGCCAAAGGAAGUCUGACAGCUGAUUUUCACAGACUAAAUGAAAUAUUGUGAUAUUUACAAGGCAGCAUCAAUUGAUACUGUGGUGCAUAGCAGCUCUAUAAGCUUAUCUAUCUAUCUGUGUGGCUGUCUGUCUUAUCUAAUCUCGGUUGUCUCUUUUCUUCACAGCUGCCCAGGAAGUUGCCUAAACGCAAGAGCCGCUUCAAACGCUCAGAUGGCAGCACGUCUUCUGACACAACAUCCAGCUUCAUCAAGCGGCAGGUAAGAAGCCCUUUGAGGCGUUUGUUGGCGUCUCUCUCCUUAAUCAUGCAUGCACAGUGUUCUGAUCUUGUCUCUGGGUACCUGAUUCACAGGGCUGAUUAUCACCGAGAUAAUGUAGGCCGUGUUGUGCUCUGAAACCUGAAUAAAGCCGUACAGAUUCAACAGAUGUUUCUGGAUUGCCUGGUAGCAGGAGUGCAUCAUCUUUAUUAUUUUCAAUUCAACAGAUUUGGAAAGAUUUGUUGUGUUUUCCAUUCUUGUGCAUAUCCUGCAUGUUCAUCCACAGAGCUGCUUCUUAUUGUUUCAAUUGUUGUUUUGUCCAGCAGAGAGCAGCACAACGCUUGAAAGUAGCAGUGUGUAGCAGCAAAAUCCCAACACAGCCCAGAUUUUUUAAUUAAUGUUUUCAGGUCAAACACGUGCAGCAUACGCAGAUAGAGAUUUGGUGUUAUUUAAGACGCUCUCACCAGAAAAGGAGGCAAAGAUUCCCCCGCCUUCUUCUCCUUGAUUCAAAUGCCAAACAUACUCCUGAUGCAUGGCUGCGUCUAUACUGUCUGGAUCAGCUGAUUUGAUGGCGUAAUAAUCAACAUAUUUUGAUGUACUUGUCCCCUGAGGAGAAUUUGAUUGACCUGGUGUAAAGCAGAGCUGGUUGUAGUUCCUCAAGAGUCCAGCAGAGGGGAGAUCUUGACCCCUCCAUACAAAAGAGGCAGUAAGGGUUCGAGAGGUUUCACAUGGCUACAGCUCAGACUACAAACUUCAGAGAGAGAUAGGCAGGAAGAAUGAUUCAGAAAAUAUAAGACGCCUGGACUUUUAACUGACACUUAAGACUCUCUCUGGCUUUUACCUCGUUUGUAAAAGAUAUUUUAAGUGUCCAUCCAGUCCAGAUUAAUUAGUCUACAGCUGAAACAAUUAGACUUAAACGGGAUAGAGUGGAUUAAAACAGAGCUCAACUGAAUUGUUCCCCAAAGUGGAAUCAAAACUUUCACACACAUCAAAGAAUUGAAAAGAAAGGACUUGAUUAAUAUGUAAGUUGAUCAACAACAGUUUUGGCUGUGUCCAUUUUUAAGUUAUUAGGAUUCAGAGGGAAACUACCAGAAACUAUUCACUGUGCUGAAAACAGAUCAGUCUUUGGGUUUUUUAAACAGUACACUGCCUUCUGUGGAUGGAUGUGAAGCCAAGAGUGAGGAAUAAUACUUUAUAAUGUCUCGUCUUUGUGGCGUUUGGUGCAGAUUCUUUGUCAGCCUUUAUUUUCCUUGCAGUUCUUUCACAGUACUAACAUUGUUUUGUUGGCCAUACAGGAUGGGAUGUUUCUAUCAAGCUUUUGCUGUGUCUACUAUUUUAUAACUCUGGCCCCCCUCUGAGGUCUCGGGACAUUUUAUUAUUUUAUUAGAUAUCUAUAAUUUUACUUGUAAAUACACACCGGCAAUUUUUUUGGGUACACCUUUUCAAUUGCUGGUUAACAAAAAUAGCUAAUCGGCCAAUCACGUGGGAGCAACUCAAUGCAUUUAGGCAUGCAGACGUGGUCAAGACGACUUGCUGAAGUUUAAAAAGAGCAUCAGGAUGGGGAAGACGUGGGAUUUAAGUAAUGUUAAAUGUGGCGUGUUGUUGGCGCCAGUCGGGCUGGUCUGAGUAUUUCAGAAAACAGCUGAUCUGUUGGUAAUUCCAUGCAAAACCUGAACUUAUUGGAAAUUUUAGAUUUUUACGGCUGUAUGAUUGUUUAUGCAACUGCGGGUUAUAACGUCAUACUUUAAUAUAUGAAGCAUCUAGGAUUAUGAUUACCAUGUUCAUGAUGCUGCAGGGUUGAAUAACCUACCAACCCCACACUCAGGGGUAUUAGACGGCACUCUACACAUGAACUCGCAAACAAAGGGCAAGCAUGUAGGAAGAGGGUGUAGGGGUCACUUUUAGAGUCUUGACUGCACUUCGCUACAUGGAUAAGGAGGAAGGAAGAUGAGGAAAUAAUGAGUCAUUAAAAAAAAGAUGGCAAUUUUUCUCUAUUUACCAUUAAUUCUAUUCGUGAUGUUUGUUAAAAUCCUAUUUGUAUAUUAAAGAAAGGCUUGUCUGCAACUUAAAAUAAAUCUUUUGAAUGUAACUCCAUAUCUAGUAUAUAAUGGCUUCAAAUCUUAAGUGAAAUUUUAUUUGGAAUAUCUUCAUCGAUUUGCCUUAAAAGCUAAUUUCUUUAUUUUACGUCUAUGUCCUGAUGCUUGACUGAAGGUUGUAACUUCUCAAUAGAAUUUAGCCCACAAAUCAGCUGCUAAAUCAGUUGAUCCUAAAAGAAAAUCCACUUUGAAACUGAAUAAUAAGCUUGAAACAUUUGACAUAUUCUUUAAAUUCCUGGUAAUCCUUGUUGAAGAUUUAAGAUGCAAGCGCUUGGCUUCACAUAAAGCAUCAUGGGUGCGAGGGACUGUGGGGCAUUGUAACUGUAACAGCGAGACGGCAGCGUGGAAAAAAAAAAAAGAGCUGAGCAGACAUCUUCUACAGGAGAGGGACAUUAGUUAUCCUGAUCAGGGGGCUUAAUGACAAUUUCCAGAUUCCUCAAGAAUAUUGCACGGCUUAAAAUAUUCAUGAUGCUCAUUUUGAAGGCCUCAGGCGAUGUGAUGUGUGGGUUCACCGUUCACACGAGCAGCACCUUUUAGUUUCUUUUCGGUCAUUACCUUCUCCCUGCACACACAACAGGCAUCAGCUCCAUAGGUGUUAUGACAAAGUGUUUUAUGCAGAAGGAGUGAAUUUCACACACAGAGCAGAUAGUUUCUUGUCUGUGAUAGGGGUGGGGUGUCUAUGGAGGAGCAGUAGAGUAUGACUCAUUUCUGCAGCAGGAUACAAUAAGCAGUAUGCAGCCAUAAGUGUGGAUAUGUGUUAUAUGUUGGACAGGAGGCUUGGAAACAGGAGCAGAAAUCUGCAGCUGUGUGUGUGAAAGUAACAGAAGAGUCCUCAAUGUUUCUUCUCCACUUGUUCACAUUGAAUUGAUCUUAUAUUAACAGGAAUGUGAUGCAAAUUUAGAGAGGUGGUUUGUUCAAGUGACGCAAAAGCUGCGUUGGUUGUUUUGUGUGUGUGUGUUGGGAUGGGGUGAGGUGGGGUAAGAGUAGAAAAGGUGUUGCCGGUGUUUGCUCCAGUGCAGGUUUGUCCCUGGUUAGGGGAUGGGGCACAGUGAAGUGUGUCUGCAUUUUACAGCAUGUAGUAUCCAGAGAGGGAGGGACCGUCAGCAACAGCAUCACCACAUUAACUGAGUAAGUACAAAUGACUCCAGACACAGUCAGCUUCUUCUUCUUCCUCUGCUCCCAUCUACCCACACAUCUCUUUGUAGCGUUUCACUGGCAUUGUUGCCGCUCCUCUCUCUCUCUGUUCCUUUGUCUUCCUCUUUCACCUCACCUCCUGUUGUCAGCAAACGCUUUUGUUUCCCUCAUUCUUUACUUUUUGAUUACCGUCAUCUUGCGUGUACUCUUCGCAGUUCUUCGGCAGAGCCCUGUGAUUGAUCAAUUGAACAUACAGUAUGCCCGAUGUUGACUUUGAUAUUGAUGUAACCACACAGUGAUUUAUUGUGUUGUGUAUCAGCGGGCUCUGUGCAUGUGUGUAACUUGCUGACGUUGAAUUAUGACCGCACAGUUAAUCGAACACUUUUUGAAAUUGGAUAUUUGGCUCCUGGAUUUCCAAACCGCUGGAGCUUGCAGUUUUCUUUAUUUUUUGCUCUGAGGCAAAGGUGUUUCAGCAUCCUGAAUAAUACAUUCUGCUCUUGUGCAGAAUCUUCUUCCUGCAAGUAACAGGAGCGAAAUUAGAUUCUCAGAUAGGAAUUUGCUGUGUUUUAUUUAACCUUAUUUCAAAAGAAUAUAGAAAGAUUAUUGUUUUUAACCCAUCUUCUACUGGUCAUGCUGCUUAUUAUUUCUGCCUACCUUUUUAGGAGGUGCACUAGCUUUUCAAAAUCACAUUUUCUGGCUGUCCAGGUACCUACUGUUUUUGGCCAUGCUCAUGUUUUGGCUCAAGGGGUGGAAGUGAGAGUGUUUGUUUCUGAAUUCUGACAAUAACCAUAUUCUGUCUGAACAUUCAUGAUCUCCAGAAAAUGCAUGUUGGCUCUUUAAUUUUACAUCAGGUCAUACCUUUAGGUUUUGCUCUGAAGGUUCCUCGUCUCUCAGGUUUUUGAACAGGUGUUUGGUAAGAAUCUCAAAAGAAGAUACAAGGUGAACGCCAGCUUUGCUAACUUCAGGAUGAGUACGUAGUAGCUGCAAAAAAAGGAGCAAAUGUUAUCAUGCUAACAGGCUUUUAUAAGCUAAAGAGCAGAGUCUGCCAAAGAGUCAUCAUGUUAGCAGUUUUACUGUAAAUGAAUUAUCAUACAUGCAUAGACUUUGCUCAAAGCGCUUGGAUGACAAGCUAAUCUGGGGUGACCAACUGUUUGGACAUAACAGUGGUUCAAACUUCUCUUUUCCCACAAUAUAACAGUGAUGUGACCCUCUCUUGUUGUUCCAGCCUAAAUUUGAGUGUAGCUGGUCAUAGUAGGGCUACACGAUAUAGCGUUUGAUCAUCGUCAUCGCGAUGUACGUGUACGCAAGAGUGACAUUCAUCUAAUUUCAAGGGUAGCUGACUGACAUACACUGCAUGUAGACUCUGCGUGUGCUGUGCAGCGAUCCACCAAUCGCAUUCGUUCUUUACUCAGUUGCUAGUCAGACUACCCUGCCAGCCGUCAAUCAAAAUCAGAGAGGAGGAAACCACGCCCCUGCACAUGGAGUGAGUCACUGGCGCUGCCGGUGUUGUGCCGAGGAACUCAUGCCCACUGAGAAUUACUUCCGAAACAUUACUCAUCACUGUUUAGCCCCACAAAUAAGAAUUGUAUGGGUUUAAAAUUGUACAUUUCCGUCGAUCACUCUACUAUAAUCGAUACACGUUUGGCGAGGUGCAUGCAAUUCCCAGCUGACAUGCGUUUCUUGGCACAACACUGGCACAACUGAGAUUUAUAGAUGAAUAUUAAUUAAAAAAAACAAAUAAUAUUAAAAGGGACGAAGCUUUCAUUCUUCUUAUUCUAACAUUAGUCCAUUUUGAUUUCUUUAGAUUUAAUGUUUCCUUUAAUAUCCGAACGUAUGUUUUUGUCAGUGGACAAUAAGAGUUCUGAACACACAAGAUAAAAAAACUUUUGCUUGUAGUAGAAACGGUUAAAGUGGGCUAUAAAUAUGAUAUCUGUAUUUCCAAAUGUCUGCAGACUGUCGAAUUCCUAACCAUCUCUGCAGCUCUGGGAGUGUUUCGGCCUCUUUCACCUCAUAUUUUCUUUUUGUUUUCCACCCCCUGACUUCACUGUUUGUUUCAGUCUCACCACUCUCAGCAGGAUCAUCUUUGGCCACAACAGGCUGCUGUUCACGGCAAAGCAGUCGUGACAAACCCAUUGUACACUGUGUGCUCGGCGUUACACAGCAGAGAGGCAAAGUUAGCAACCGGCUUGUGAGCAUUUAGAGAGCAUUUUACAUUUGGGGCCUAAAAAACAAUCAAUUAGAGGAACUGUAGCUACAUCAGAAAAUACCUUAGUGUUAUCAAAUGUGUAAAAAAUUACCUUGUAUGAGCAAAUAUUGUAUUUAACUUGAUGGAGUUUUAUUUUAAACUUAGAGUUGUUACAGCUACGAUUCAAGAAAACACAUUUAAUGGCAUGUUUUAAAAUGGAGUGACGGAUAAGAACAGCAAAGAGAGAUAGCAGAUAUCUCUGAGUAUGAAAUUCUGUCCCUUGACUGUGAGAUGACUUGGUCCUCUUGAGAACAACGAGAUGGAUGACACACUUCCUGGUUGGCCUCCCCCCCCCUGUGGAGUUGAGGCCAUCAGUGUUGCAGUGUGUAAAGAAUAAUCACAGAAUAUAUGCAGAAGUAAAGCAGCGAAAACAAAACGAAGAAAGAAGAUACCCUCAGACGAGAUGUGAGAUGUACUGGAAAUGUCACACUGCAGUGCAGCAUAGUUUCACCUGAGGAAUCCAGUUUUAUUCUCGAUCCCCUGGUGGUGUAACACUCCUUUUUAUACAGUGGGAAGUGUUUGACAGUCAACCGGCACAUGGAGUCAGUGUGUAGGAAAGGUCCGGAUCCUCACGUCCAAACAUUAACCGGUAAUCACAGCCCAGGCAGCGCUCUGUGGUCUAACAUCAUUUAACAGCUCUCUGACAUAACGCCUUUCCCCUGCGCCCACCACCACAUUUAUACCACUUUCAUGUCUGUGUCUGUUUGACUGCAUUUUCACUGAAGACAGGAAAGCCGUCACUGUGCGAAAAAAUUCUGAUUCAUGUCUUUAUCAGGCUCUAGCGCUGUCCUCCUAAUCAGCCAGGUAUGCUUCUCUUUCUCUGACUGUAUCUAUCUGUGCGUCUCUGUCUCUCGUGGUCACGCUCCCCUCUUUUUUUCCCCCUCCCCCCCUGCUGUGUUCCCCCCUCUUUUCUUCUAUCUGCGAUCGAGGAUAGAUAUCUAGGUCUCACUCCACUCCUUCAUAGCAUUUUAUUAUGUUCUAAUCUCAUCUUCCCCUCGAGAUAGCCUCGCUUUAUCUCGUCGUAUAAAUCGUUUAUACCUCUCCCAUCUCUGCAACCAUCCCUCAGUCACUCUCCGUCCUUGUAAACAUCCUUCUCUUUUCAGUAUAUCUUGUCAACGAUAUUCAACCCCCUCACCUCAUCCUCUGUCUCUCUCUAUAUCUAUCCCGUUCCUCUUCACCCUCCUUUUCUUUCUCUUGUGCUGCUCCGGUGCUGGUGCAGUGCUGAGCUUUGUGAGUGCUAGAAAUCAGAUCUAGUUAUCUAACAUAGACAUACACACACACUUUCUCACACAACCAAAAUAAACGAAGGAGAGGUGUUCGCUUGCCGUUUCUCUGGGACUUAAAGCGGUACUGUAGAUGAAAAUUUAUCUUGGAUUGUAUGUAUGUGAUCUGAAGUGCAGGGAAAGCAAAGGUUGCUGGUUGUUUUUCAUGUCUGGGCACUUUUUUGUGUGUGUUUGGAGCCUGAAUUUCCUUUUUGUUGUGCUGGUGCUAAUUGGUCCUCCAGAGGAUUUGUUUGUAUAUGUUGGCAAGAUGGAUGACCACGACUAAGUCAGUGCACUCUGGAGGAGAGGAAAACCAAACAGAAAUCUGUAUUAUGGGCUGUUUUUGUUUCUCGCUUUAUUAGCAAGAACAUGCUUCAUCCUCUGAGUAUAUGAGUAUAUACCUUUAUAUAUAUAUAUGUAUGUGUGUGUUAAUGUAUGGAUACUCUCAGUGUUCUCUUGCCUGUCUCUCACUCGUCUCUUCUUUUACUUGUUUGUUUUCUUUCUCUGUCUCCUGUCUCACCUCUCUGUCUUGCUUUUGGUUUUUGCUGCAGCGGUUCUCUUAACUGACAGAUUCAGGACUGGAUUCCUUCAGAUACCAAAUAUAGGAGAGCUCACACACUCACUCACACACACACACACUCACAUACAGUACCCAAUCUGCAUCUAGAACACUUCUCCUUUUUGAUUUUUUUCUUUUUUUGAAGAUAUCAGCAUCUCUGAUACAGUUUACACAUUUAUUUUAAUGGCAAUUAACUUUUUUUUUUAAAUAAGAUUAACUAGGAGGUUAUAUAUUGAACAUACUAAUAGCUUGUUUUAACACAGAUCACUGUAAAAAUAGUCAAAUUGCUUUUAAUAACUUAGAGCUAUGAUGUUGUUUUCACACCAGUUGUGUAAAACCUUGUGUGACUUCUUUUUAAAUUUAACUCUACUGUAGGGGAGGGACAAAAUAUCCAUACUGCAGUAUAUAUCAUAUCUAGAAAUAGACAGAUUAAUCAGUUAGUUGAUUGAUUCGGCAGUUAUUGGCAUUUUGAAACAAUCACAUUGGCAUUGGUGCCUUCAAGGCCAAAGUCACCAUCAUUUUUCUCUUAAUGAGGACACAAUUUCCCCAAAUGACAGCAUUUGACGUAAAUAUCAGUCAUGUUCUAAUAUGUAAAGUGUAAACCAGCAUAUUUUUCUUUUUCAUAAAUUUGUUAGAAAUAAUCAAGACUAUGUCACCAGUUUAGAUUGUAAUGUGCAGGGAGAACUAAAACUACAUAUAUGACUGUAUUUGAUUUUGUUUUUAUCUUUUUUUAAGUAUUUACCUUGUAUUUUUUCUAUUUUAAUUAUUACAUGUUGGCCAUCAGCUGACCUGCUCGCUCAUAUCAGCCAUUGAUAAACACAUGUGAGUUAGCUGCUUAUCAUCACCCUGUCAUAUGUAAUAUAAUUAUUAUACGACUGGCACCAAAUAUUAAUGUUUUUUAUUUAAAAAUGACACUGCUCUCUGAACAGACACUUGUACAUCAGUAAUAGAAAUGUGUCUUUGUAUGGUUGUCUCUUAGUUUAUUGGUUUAUUAAUAUUACAUUUAUUAGAAAUUGAUUAAUUAUUGCAGCAGUACUGUUUCAUGGUCGUAUCAUUAUCCUGGUCAGUGUAUAUAUAUAUAGGGUUCAGUGUGGUUGCCUUACAAUUUCCGACCCUGCUCUGCAGUAUACAGGCGUUUUAAAUAUUUAAAAAAAUAAUCAUGUUUGACUGAACGCCCGCAGCGGCGCCUUUCAAACGAUUUUCACCGUUUUACUUUGAGUCGAUCGUCUCUUUGUUUGCUUUAUCUCCUGUUUACAGCGUUACGUGUUAGCCAUCCCUGGGAUACAUCCUUAAAGUGCCGACUAUGAAAAAUGAUAGCCGGCAUAUAUUUUGCUAAUUAGGAGAUGUCCUUAGAGAAUAAACAGGGGAAUAAAGGAUGUAUAUGUGCUGCACUGUGGGGGAUGAUGGAAUGGAUUGGGGCCAAGCAGGAGAGAAGAGGAAGCAGUUGCCUCUUUUGUGCUAUAUUUGGUCUACCAGAGGAUGGCUGGUGUGGGAGAGCAAAGCAUUGUGUUGUAGAUCCACACAUGAAUGUGUUCAUGAAUACAGACAUGUAUUUGCAUGCACACCUGCACACAAACACCGCAGCACAGAAAGACAGAUGAAAGCAGGCAGACAAGAAGAAACAGCAGGUUUACAUGAUCUAAUCUUACAGUAAUGCAUGUCGCUCCUGACUUGAGUAAUUGAUUAUAUGUGAACAAUAUGGAGUGAUUUAGUCUGAUACUAUGCCCCCCUCUGACUCUCUCCUGGCAGGGGUCGGCUGAUUCGUACACCAGUAGACCGUCGGAUUCAGACCUGUCAGCAGAGGAGGACCGCGAGGCGUAUCGGCGUGAAGCCGAGCGCCAGGCACAGCUGCAGCUCGACAGGGCUAAGGUACAGUAAUUAACUCUGCUCUGUACGCUAGAGCUGUGAGCCCGGUAGUACUUAAAACAUGUACAUAUGUAGUUUUGGGCUGCAUAUGUGCUGUACAGAACAAAAAGGAUUCAGAUAUUUUUUUUUAACAAACACCAAAAACACAAACAGAUCCUGCAGCUGCUUAAAGGAAACUCAAAUAACUCCAAAAAUAGACUGAAUACAUUGUGCUUGUUGAAUUUCCCAGUCCUCUAUGAUUAACAAGAUUAUAAUCUCAACCAGCUGAUGGUUUGGUACUCUUACAUAAACUUUGAGUAUUCUCUGUUUUAGCUUUUAAAUGUAAGUAGUUGAAAUUUCAUCCAUAAGUUUGAAAUCGAUGAUAAUCUUUUAAACAUUUUCUCAUCAAUGAUCCAGAUCCUAUCAAAAAUACAAUCAGCGAAAGAUUUAAGUAACUUCUGUCAGCGAAACUACAUCAAAUAUUUGAUACUAGACACUAUGAAUGGGGUCGUUUUGGGUAUAAGUGUACACACUGUUUGGUUGAACUUGUCUGCAGUGUUUUAUCGUCUACCUUAUCAGAUCUCUGCCCGGUUUCUCAAAAUAGAGGCCAAACUGGCUUGCCGCCCCUCGUAGGGUUGACAAAUACAACAACACUUCAUAGAUACUAGAAAAGUGGUUUGUCUGCACUUGUGCUUGCUUUUUGUUGUUCUUAUUACUGCAUUUGUUGCUGUCACAGUCCAAACCUGUAGCAUUCGCCGUAAAGACCAAUGUGAGUUACUGUGGAGCUCUGGAUGAGGACUGUCCCGUCCAAGGAGCUGCAGUCAAUUUCGAUGCAAAAGACUUCCUGCACAUCAAAGAAGUGAGUGAUAAAGUUACGAAUAACAUACUCUUAUCAUAGACAAUCUGUGAACUGGACCUAUAACUGCUCUGAACUCAACAGAAAUACAACAAUGACUGGUGGAUCGGCCGGUUAGUGAAAGAGGGAGCAGACAUCACGUUCAUCCCUAGCCCUCUCCGGCUAGAGGCCAUGAGACUCAAACAGGAGCAGAAACAAAGGUCAGACGACAGACUCCUACUUUUCUGAGAGCUGCUUCAAAAACCAUUGGUCAGAUUAUUCAGUGUUUUUUUUUUUCUUGUUGCUGCAGGAAAACAGGGGGUAACUCCUCCAGUUUAGGAGACAUGGUGACUGGAGGUUGGAGGACCACGCCGCCAUCUGCAGGUGAAUGUAAGUACUGCAAAUCCUCAUCCUAGUUCUGCUGGAACAAGUAAUUUGCCUUCUGCUGUCCUCUGUGUUUUCUAUCCUGAUUGUUUUUUUCCUUUAUUUCCUCAAGCCAAACAGAAGCAAAAACAGGUGGGUUCUUUAACUCAUUACGAUGAUACAGCAUGUGCUCGUAAAGACUCGAAAUUACGAGUGUUUUGCAGGUCCGAAAAAGUGACUUUUCAGUGUCUCAUUUAGGUGGAAUUGGAUUGAAGCAUAUCUUGAAUGCUGUGGAUGGCAGUAGCUCUUAGAUACUUACAGAACUAUCACAUGUGACAAAGAGUUGACCUUAUUUUGAUACUAUUUAAUAAGAUAGAUGAUAUAAUAUGUGCAUGAACUCACUAAAAUGAUCAUCUUUAAACUUGUAUUUUGGUGAACUGUAAACUGGACAGCUGGAUUUGUGACCCAAGAAUGGAAGUUUGCUUGUAGUUCACUUUGCAGACAGUUAACACCUGCUCACGUUACAGGAGGAUCUGGGAGGUAUCAUGCCUUCAGCUAAUGGUGCUAGAAAUUCAGAUAAAGGAGUUGACAGUGCUGAUAGUAUUGCUGGUGUAACUGAGUUUUGGACUCAGAGCCUUUCGCCCAACAUUCAGACAACAGAUUACAGUAAUCUGUGUUUCUAAGUUUUCAGAGCUGUAGUCUUAUUCUCCUCUGGACAGCUAACAGGACAAUUAGAAUAAACUUUCAAAAACUGAGUAUUUACAUUAGCUAAUUAAAAGGUUAAAAUGUUGCACUGUGAGAUUACAGCUAAAGUUUUAGACUUUCACUUCUCGGUUACAAAGAUGAGAUGUGUUUUGUUUGAAGGAGUUAAGUGGGUCUGUUCUGGGUUUUUCCGGCUCUCCACAUGAUCGACAUUCUCCAUAACAAACACUACUCUGUAAAUGGAUUUGUUUUGAUUUGUGCUGCUUUAUAGCACGCCGUUAAAAGGGUGAAACAUUUAUUUAUCUGGGACGUUCUGGGUUUGGAAACCUAAUAUCUGUCUAUGAUUCUGUAUGCGACAUCAUUUUACAGUACAGUUUUGGAAAUGUCGACGAUUGAAGCUGAGGAGGCUCUACAAAAGUUGCAGUUGUUGCAGCUAAAAAGUCAAUGUGCUUUAAUUCAGUCCUUGAACAGCGAACUUCGUCAAACUGACCCCAGCUGCCUCCAUCCUCUACCCUUGUUCCCUUUUCCAACAGGAACACGUCCCUCCCUACGACGUGGUGCCCUCUAUGAGGCCGGUGGUUCUUGUGGGACCGUCUCUGAAGGGCUAUGAGGUCAGCCUCUCUCUGUUUCACCUUCAGCAGACUCAGACUGACCGCCUCUCGCUUAUUUUCUUUGUUGAAACAGUUUUCUGCACUGCUCUGCUGUAUUUACAAAGAUCGUGAGCACAUAAGCAGCAAAUCUAAUGAUGUUUAUUUAUGCAUUUGUUUUAUUUUGUACAUUAACUCGCUGAUCAAGUACUUUUUCCAGCAAAUACUUGAAUAAUCCUCUUUUUUAGUCAUUUUUGAAGCUUAAAAUAGUGUGUCUGUUAUUUUUAGUUUCUCUGAAGAUUUUUUUCUCUUUCACAUCAGUCUCUUUCUCUUUUCCCUAACGUCUCAUCUAGGUGACAGAUAUGAUGCAGAAAGCUCUUUUUGACUUCCUGAAACACCGAUUUGAGGGCAGGUCAGUAAAAAACAGACGUGCGGUUUGAUUCUUUCAUGUUGUUUAUAGAAAAAGUUCAAAGAAAUAUGAUCAAAAAGCGUAAUGCCAGAUUUUUCUGUCUGUUCGCAGAAUCUCAAUCACACGAGUAACUGCCGACCUGUCUUUAGCGAAGAGAUCUGUCCUCAACAAAAGACCCAUCAUGGAGAGAUCUAACACCCGCUCCAGUUUAGGUGAUUGUGCUAAAAUCAGCAUGAAACUUCCAGCAAUAGUUUGGUGUCAGAAAGAAAAUAAACAGGAUGUGUUUUUUUUCUGUGCAGCGGAGGUCCAGAGUGAGAUUGAAAGGAUAUUCGAGCUUGCCAAAACCCUGCAGCUGGUGAUCCUGGAUGCAGACACCAUCAACCAUCCCGCACAGUUAGCCAAAACUUCCCUCGCCCCCAUCAUCGUCUAUGUCAAAGUUUCCUCACCAAAGGUAAAGCGAGAGGUUACCUCUUCCAUAUACAUGAUUCAGGCUUCAUCAUAAUCUUCCUCUAAACUUCCAUCUUUAACGUUCUCGUCCUGCUGUCAGGUGCUUCAGAGGCUCAUCAAAUCCAGGGGGAAGUCUCAGAGCAAGCACCUGAACGUGCAGAUGAUGGCUGCAGACAAACUCUCUCAGUGCCCCCCUGUAAGUCCAUUCGAGUAACUAUGUUUUUCUAUGAUCAUGAAAAUGAAGAUUCGGUGUACAUGUAGGGCUGGGCGAUAAAACGAUAACAAUAUAUAUCGAAAGUGAAUUUCCCUUAAUAUCAAUAUUUGGUCAAUAUGCUUUUCGAUAACCAGAAUUCUGCCAUGUCUUGGUAGACUAUACGAAUAGAAAAUGAAAAGAGGAGUUGCUCCGGGUCCACUUCACACUGAACUAAUCAUGUGCUGCAUUAAGGUCCUUACACACCGGGAAUGACGCAAAUAUAUGAUGUGAAAUUUACUUAGCACAGAUGAAAGUUGAAACAAAGAUGUUUAGCAAACUGUUAAAGCACACAAACCAUGGUCAUAUGAGAAAUCCAACGCUAUGACUCUCCACAAGUUGUCCUUCAGAUUGUUAUCUUUGUAAUGUUUGUGUUUUUUAUCAAAAGGCACUCUGUUCUCCGACAUGUAAACCGGUCGGCCAUGUUGGAUAUACCGGUGAAUCUGACGCCGCAACAACACGAAAUCUGAUUGGUCAGAAGUGGACACACAGUAUGCAAAGCUUCAGAAAAUUAGACUCUGAUACGAAAAAUAAAUGCUGCAAUAUCCCAGGACGGGAAAACGUCGCUGAUGUGAAUGCUUGUAUUGACAGGAUACGGGUUAAGGAUAAGGACCUUCGGAACCAAGUAACAAACAACUGUGUAGUGGCAGGCUGCAGCUCGACGCAACCAUAGCACUUUAACACGUGAAGCCGACAGCACUGUUGGUAAGAAAAAGAAAAUUAGUGCUACCCCGAGCAGAAAUGUAGAUGAUGACAUUGUCGAGAACACUGGCACAAAAACGUCGGUGGUGUGGAGGUACUUUGGUUUUUUGAGAUCAGACAUGAAGCAGAGAAAUGUGCACUGCAAAUUAUGUUGAGUGCAUCUUCUCGCAAAGACGGGGAAUACGUCAAAUCUUUUUCAAGACCCGAAUCAGCGCCACGCGGCAGAGCACGCACAACGUAAAAGGUUACAAACCCCGAGCAGAGCAAGGAGCCCAUGGCGCCUGUGCAGCCGAAACAGCCGACCAUUUAGUCCGCUUUCUCUAGCACAACGCCUCACGACAAAAUGUUGAAGAGACACAACAACCUCACAGAUGCAGUAGCUUAUUGUAUUAAAAAAGACAUGCAACUAAUAAGCACAGUUAAAUUUCAUUUUUUGUAUCGUGAUAUAUAUCGAUACCAUCUGAUAUGAAAAAAAAUUAUCGUGAUAAACUUUUUCCCAUAUCGCCCAGCCUUAUGUACAGCAAUUGAAUUUACAUUUUUAUCAUUCAGUGGUUUUGGCUGUGGAUAAUAUAGGAAAUAGGGAAAGAGCAGAAUGGGACAUGAAUCAUGUUGUAGUGAUAAUUAACAUCGGAGGGUUUUUUUAUCUCUUUGUUUACUUGCAGGAUAUGUUUGAUGUCAUUUUGGAUGAGAACCAGCUUGAGGAUGCAUGCGAGCACUUGGCCGAAUACAUGGAGGUCUACUGGCGAGCCACUCAUCUCCCAGGAAACACCCCUCUGAACCCCUUAUUGGAGCAGAGUCUGAUGACCCCGCCUUCUGCCAUCUCGAGCCUACAGGUGAGCCUUUCUGUCUGAUCAAAACAAAGCGUGAAAAUACUGUUUAAACCGUGACUCUGAAGUAGGAGUGUUUUGAACAUGUUGUACGUUGUCACUGUCUUUACCAGCUCUCCCCAUCUCAGAUUCUCACUCCUUUGUUUUUUGUUUGUUUGCAGUUGUCUUGUCUGUCCUCUCACUCAUCCAUGCUUAACAUUUUUGCAGUUUUCUGAAACACAGGAAUUAAUUGAAUGAUCGCUUACAAAACUGGGUGAGUAGUAGGGUUUAUAUAAAGAUAUAUAUGCUGUUUAUUUGCACUCUCGACCUGAACAAACCCCCCUAUGACACUCCUUCCUGCACCAGAACACAACACAGCGGCUGAGACGGUGAAUAAAGAGAGCUUUAUUCAUUCAGAUCUCACCACAGAAAAGAUGUUUUACCGACAUUGCAUCAUUUCUUAUUUCCUUGAGUUGAUGGUCUGAGGUGAAUCACUGCUCCACAAGCUUUCAGGGGUAAAAUUCACAAAGUGGCAUCAGUUUCAUACCAUAACCCAUAAUGCCAUGUCUCAAAAAAUCAUUUUUUCCCUUUUGUAGUUUGAUGAAAUGUCAAAUCUGACCAUCUUUUUUCACUUUUAAAGCAUGCUUUGUGAAUGGUGGCCCCCCUCUCACAGUGGCACACAACGCUAUCCUGAGUAACCCCUUUAACAAAAAGGCAUAUGAGCCAUGCUUAAUAAUAACAUAUCCACCUGAUCUACACUCAUUAAUCACUCAACAACAAUCCACUGUAACCAUAACAUCCACACAAAAGCAUUUCAUGUCCCAGAGUGACCACCUGACCAUUUGUUCAACUGUGUCACGGGCAUUUCUUUUGUUGAGUGUCUGUAAUAUCAAACACACAAACAAAAAACUGUCAACACUUCACCAACAAGGACUUUGAAUCAACACUAGACUUCCCAGCAUGAUCAGAUCGACUGUUUUUAGCAUCAUUUUAUUUAGAUUUAAAUUUAAAUUUUGUAGAUAUUCAUGGUAUUUACAUCCUGAUGUUUAACUCCUGUACAACCAGAUUAAUAUUCUCAUCAAGUUGUAAUAUUUCUAAACAAUCAAAAGACAAAUAACUUUUAAAUGAGUGUUUUGUGUAGCUGUGACAGAGUAUUAGGGCCACAUUAAGGUAAAAAAAUCUGACUUUGAGAUUGAAGUUGUUAAUAUAUGAGAAUAAAAUCAUUACUAAUGAGUAUAAAAUCGUAAUAAAGAAUUACUUACGAGAAUAAAGUCGUAAUAAAAUCAUUAUGAUACUUAUGAUGAUGUGGUGCUGAUGUGCCAAAAGAUUAGGCAUAUAUGCCUAAUACAGAGACCUAUAUUAAAGUAUUUUCAAGAAAUGUUCCAUGACUCUCAUUUCAACAACUGUCAUCUUAAACAACAAGUUGGAAUAUAAGGACUUAAUUCUGACUUUACUCUCGUUAGCGAUUACUUUACAAUGACUUUAUACUCGUAAUGAUUUAAUUCCAACUUUAUUCUUGUACAUAAUUACUUUAUCACGACUUUAUUCUCAUGACUAAUGAAUUUAUUUCAGCUUUAUUCUCAAAACUAAUGACUUAAUUAUGCCUUUAUUCUCGUACAUAAUUACUUCAUUAUGACUUUAUUCUCGUACAUAAUUACGACUUUAAUCUUGUAACUAAUGAUUUUAUUAUGACUUUAUUCUCGUAGGUAAUUACUUUAUUACGGCUUUCUUUUUGUACAUUAUUACUUUAUUGCAACUUUGUUCUUGUUAGUAAUGAUUUUAUUACAACUUUAUUCUCAAAACUAACGAUUUUAUUCCGACAUUAUUCUUGUACAUAAUUACUUUAUUACAACUUUAUUCUCGUACGUAACUGAUGAUUCUAUUAUGACUUUAUUAUUGUACGUAACUUGUGACUUUAUUACGACUUUAUUCGUGUAUGUAAUUACUUUAUAAUGAUUUUAUUCCUGUACAUAAUUACUUUAUUAUGACUUUAUUGUCGUACAUAAAUACUUUAUUACGACUUAACUCUCAUAAGUUAAUAGCUUUAAUCUCGAAGUCUUUUUUUCUUUAUGUGGCUCUAAUACUCUGUCAUAGCGUAGCAGUUUGCUUAUUAAGAUCAGGGUCUAUAAAAUGGGUCAAACACUUUGAUGCACACCCUAUACUAACAGAUCUCUAUAUGAUGUUGCAGUGUGCAUACAAGCGUGUUUGUAUUUUGCAGUAGAUGUGCCUUUAAGUCCUUCUUGGUGAAGUGUUUACGUUAUCCUGUCCUCUCUUUGUGUGUUUGCUGUCUAUGAAAUCUGUGCCGUUAGAUAAGAAUUUACCACAAAGCGUGAAGUGACUUUGAGACGCUGUCCUGGUUUGCAGAGUGUUCCUCUGACUGUAUCUUUUUUUCUUCCUCUGUGACUAAUCACGUCCUCAAGAACCAGAACAAGAACCAGCCGCAGCCUCGUGAGGGGGUGGGCUUGGAGGGUGAUGAGGAGGAGGAGGAGGAGGAUGCAGGUGAGGAGGCCCACUCCCCACUGGAGCAGGACAGUCUUAUGCCAUCUGAUGAGGCCAGCGACUCCCUGUCUCGUGGCCGGAGGGGGAGCCCGUGCCAAAGAGGGGGUGAGGAGGAAGAGGAGGAGGAAGAAGAAGAGGAGGAAGAGGAAGAGGAGGAGGAUGAGUACACAUCCCCUGUCCAUGGUCGCACAUACAGGGACAUGUACCCCCCUCACCGUGGGCACGCAGGCAGCGCCCACAGUGCCAACGGGCAUGAGUCACAGGACAGGCUGCUGCAACGCGAAGCUCAGCAAGGUCACAACCAGAGGAACAACCGCCAGCGCAGCCGCCCCUGGCCCCGAGACACCUACUGAGGAAGAGGAGCCCUCCUCCCCCCCCAGCCUCCAGAUUGGCACCCAGGUCUUCUCUAACACCCAACUGAUGUCGCACAAAUUAAGAGAUUGAAAAAGCUGCCCAAACUCUAAUCAGACACAAACAGAAACAAAUGCCCUGUUCAGAAAGCUGAAAACGCUGAAUUUUCUAUCACAAUCUUCCAAAGUUACCGAUUAUCCAAACAGAGGGGAUGUCACAAGCACUCCAGGGUCAGUCACUCAAAAGUCAACAGGGCUACUGGAUAGGUUUCAGGCUACCAGCUGUACUCCAACUCCAACUGCUUUGCCUAAGGUUUUCUCUAUCGUAGGAUGUCUCAUAUACUGGCCUUAAAAUUCCUUAAAAGACUUUUAACUAUCUUUACUAUUGCAUGUACGAGUAUAAUUCUUUUAAGACUAUUUGCACAUUAACGUCAGAACAGGAACUGAAUGAUCUUUACGGAUAAACUAAUGUAGGAAUGUCUACUGUUGAAUCCACUUAUGGGAAAUAGUGAUGCAUUCGAUUACAAUGUAUAUACUGAAUGGGCACCUGGUUUUGUUUCAUUGCUACUUUAUUUGUUCGGUUUUGUUGAUAUGAAAAAAAUGUCUGUCAUACAUUAAUCAGAUUGUACUAUGAAGAUGGCGAAUGGCAUGUGGGAGACACACACAUAUUAACUUGGACUGACUUUCUGAAUGGUCACAAUGUAAGUAGAGCCUGAUCGAUUUGUGGGUUGGCCAAUCUAUCGAUCUAUACUGGUGUAUAUUUUUUUUUUUUCCGCUAUCAGAACUUUUUUAUUUUUUGAAAAGUCAACAGAUGCUUUUUUUUUUUGUUUUUCAGCAGAGCACAAUAAGAAGCAAUACUUUGUGUUGUUCCAUACAGUCAUCGUUUCCGAAGGCAGCUUUUACUUUGCAUUGUCAUCCUGCUGCAAAGUCAACACACAAUCCAUGUAAUCCAACUCAGAUCAACUGAAACAGCAGCUGUAUCAGUAUUUGAUUUGUUUUUAGUAUUGGCCUUAAAAAAAAAUCCCAAAUUGAUCUGGCUCUAUAUAUGUGAGUACAAAGCUGCAGUGAAGCACCGGUGUCACCUACAAGUACAACGCAGUGCUUUCCGGGUAUCGCUCGUCUUUGCUGUCGCACAAUCACCUCUGAGAUCUUAAAAUACGGGCACUCAGAAUGUAAACACAACUAAGAAAGGGAAUGUCAUCUUUUCAAGAAUGAAACUUGCUUGUUUACAUCGAAUCAUUGACAUAUUUAUCAAGCACACGCUGCACAGCUGCAGCUCCUCUUCAGAUCCAGGCUUCAGAGAAUGUAAGCUUGCAUGCCUUUUGCACCUCCAAGCGCCACCCGGUGUCUCCAACCCAGCCGAUUGCCCUGUAUUUUGAUUGUAGCACGUUAUUGAUUGUAGCAUCCACGGUUACUUCUCUCACCCCCUCCCCUCCUCUUUUGUACGUCUUUGCCAAAACAUUGUGUUUCUGUUUGUGUACUGCAGGUUUACAGAUGAUUAUCAAGGCAGAUCCUCAGGUGUACACACUCACAGCGCUCCACUAAAACUUUAACGUGUAGUGCUCCUGACUAAAGGACUUGUAGCACCCGCUGACACGAUUCAUUCAUUCUGUUCCUGCGUUAUUAUGAAUCCGUGAGCCGAUGGUUUGAGUUUGGACGCGACGCCGUCAGUAUAUUUAGGAGUUUACUGCUUCCAUGUCUCACAGGUAUCUCCCUAUCUAGUGUUCUGUAUAUUUUGAAGAGUAAAAAAAAUCAGCAUGAUUGAAGAAAAAAAAAAAAAACAAACGAAAAAAAAUCUAUGCAAGUGUUGCAUGAAAAUCUGAUCGUUUCUUUUUAAAGUUAAGUAUUUUAGUAAUGCAUUGAUCCUGACUCCUCGUUGUCUUGUAGUGAUAGUCUUGUCUUUGGGGCUACUCACUCCUCACACCACUAACGCUAUUAUUGAAAAUCACUUUAUUUAUCCAUUUAUAUUGGGGACUUUUUUUGUUUUUCCUCCACAAUGUUGGUUCUGACACUUGUUGAUGCACUUUUAAAAAGUCACCGGCUGAAAAGAAAACUCUCGGAUCGGUCCCAGAUCAGGCCUCAAUUUUUGUUUUGAUUUAUAAAAAAAACAGGAAUGAGUGAAUUAUCGAAGCCCUGUAUGUGUUAGUUCACCAAUUAGCUAUUUUCAUUAUAUUUUGGCAGAGUAUGUUUUUCAAAGCGGACCAAUUUAACAACUGAUAAAGCAGUUGACGUUUUCCAAUUUAUGAAGCACAAUUUUUACAAGGGUUAUAAUUUCGUUUCCUCUGUCUUAUUCUGUAUGCAAUACUAAGCCUAACAUUGAAAAACUUUAAACGCCUUAGACCAUCUGGACUUCCUCUUUUGUGUGAGUAGAGAGUUUAAAAAAAAAAAAAUUGCACUACUUUUUUUUGGGAUGGUUGCUUUGUAAUGCAAUAACUGCACUAAAUAUAACCGUGUAUCCACCAGACGACCACAGCGUGCUAGCGUGACCCAACACGCCUCUUCCCUCUAUUUAUCAAAAGAGACAGCAAAUGUGUAAAAAGUGAGACAUUUCCUGCCUGAUGCUGUAUAGAAUGCUUUCUAUUUGAAAAUAGAUUUACAAUGCGAAGUAAAAAUGACUCAAACAAAAUAAACAUGACAUUUUAUGUACUUUUAAAUGUGUGGCUCCUCUUUGUGUUUUAUU